AUGUUUUGGGUGGCUUCUCUUUGGGUCAUACUAGUCUGCGAGCAAGAACUUCUGGUCAAGUCCAAACGGAGCUCCAGGGCUGGCAUAACCUUGGUCUCAGGAAUCAACAAAACAGCUGCUGCUCUUAACAUGCACAUGACUCCUGGAGGUGAUGCUCCUGCGUUAGUGGAUCCAUUUCUAAAAAACAUGACUGUCUCGGAUUUCAUGGCCGGUGUACUGGGGUCCAUGGAGACACAGGAAAAUGUUAAGGCAUGGUUCAACAACAAGCUGUACACGUCUCUGCCGAUAUUUACGAGCUUUCUGAGCAACGCUUUGUUGAGAGUCGAGUCUAAAGAUACAGAUCCUUCCAAAAUUGGUAUCAUUGCCAUCAAUCAUCCAAUGAAUCAGACAGUAAGGACAAGUUUUGAUGCGCAAGCCAGUUCAAAAUUGAUCGUCUUCCGCAUUGUACUGAUCUUGUUGGUAUUAUGCCUUAUUCCUGCCGGAUUCACGGUGUUUCUUGUAGAAGGUAGGAUAUACUUUUCGAAAUUAUAUCACUAA